GAAAUUUCGAAUUCGAAAAUAGAACACAAGAGUUAACGAAUUCGAAAAUUAACAAAGUUAUUUUCUAACUGUGAUAUUUUAAGUUUUACUAGAAAUGAAUAUAUUACAAACCCUGUUAGAAACUUAUCCAAAAUAUAAUAUUGACAAACAAGCGUCAUCUAGUUAUGUGGAAAUGUAUACAAAAGAAAAAUCUGACAUAGUAUUAGUAUACGCCAAGACAAAACAAUCGAAUACUAUAUGUGAUAUAGGAAGCAAUAAGAAAAAUGAAGAGUUAGAACUAACAGGGUCACCUCUCAAACUAGAUUUAAGUCUACAUACUAUACUGGAUGAUACCAUGGUAAAUGAUGAACCUCAAUUGUGGAGAAAAGAAGAAAUAUUCCAUGGACCCAUUGAUAUAGAUACAUCAAGGCAAAUAGCAAACCUCUACAACAAAAGUCUUAGUGACUCUACUAAAGAAAAUGCAACACCUCUAUGGGUGCUAUGUAACCCCAGUUCCGCUGAGAAAACAUUGUUGAUUACCGUCCAGUCUAAUGAGAACUGCUUUGCUAGGGGUAUUGUAACAUAUGAGGGGUCUUCAACACUGGAUGAAUUAGAUAUAGAAAAAUAUGUAGAUGAUUAUGUUGCAUAUGAAAAAAUUCCUGAAGAGGCGAUAAGUUUAAACGUAGACUGUAAAUACAUAGUAUCAGGAAUAUCAUAUGAUUCUUUAACUAUGGAGGAACAACUGAAUGCUCCGCAUGGUGGUGUCACCGAACUGUACUGUGAGUGGACAUCUAGGACUCUGAUCACUCCAUUUAUCAGCUGCAAAGUACAUUUUCAACAAGAAGUAACAAUAGGACAUUUAGCGAGUCCCUGCAAUGCUAUAUGGAAAUCAGUUUCCUCUCUUCAUAAUAUAAAUCAGUUACUUGUGGAUAUGACAGCAGCUGGCAUGAACUCUGUUAAUUUAGAAACUGCUGUAAUAAGAAACAUAAUUCCCGGUAUGAAACGUCUAAAUAACUCGAAACGUAUAAACAAUCUCCUCAGCGAAACUGAAAUAUACACAUAUACAGCAGAAUGUCCCGCUGGAGGCUGUAUCUGUGUCACGGAUGACACUACAAGCUUGAGGGAAUGUAUGAAUGCAAUGUGCUCUCAAGGGUCUAGUAAUGAUUUUACUUAUAAACUUUGGGAUAUAUUGCGAGACUGUGAAACAGCAGAAGAACUGAUAACAUUAUUAAUUCAAGCUCUGAAGUUCAUUUCAUCUGGUAAAAUAAGGCCAUUUAUCGACGUCAACAACAAAACAUACCUAUCGAAACUAGUACUGAAACUCUCACGAGGUCACUCUCAAACCGCUAAAGUACUAAAAAACCUAAGGUCUAGUCCACCACAGGCAUUAUCUCUCGUCGCUCAAGUCGGGAUAGAAAAGUGUAUGUGGGAGUACACUAGGAUUAUGUCGCUUCUAGAACAUUCCUUCUUUAUUGCUGGGAUCUGGAAUACUGAUGCCAAGUCGCACGAAUCAAUCGAACAAAUAAACCAGACGAUCAACGAUAUGACGAUGGGCGGAGACUUCACACUGAAUCCGUUCGAAAGUCUAACAGGCACCGACCACUCCAUAAGACUAGAUACUGAGUCGUUUUGCAUUGAAGACUGCAAUGAUUUGACCGUUGACGACUUCGCUUCUCUCAAGAAACACGGCUUGGUUAAUGAAAAGAAAGAUGUUAAUGAGGUACCCUUAAUAUCAGAUGAAAUAGACAUCAGUCCAUGGAAAAAUCUUCUCAUGAAAUUCGCUCAAGUUCAUGUCUGCUUGGAACACUUGUACCGCGCUGAGACGUGUCUACGAGCUGACUUUGCUCAACUAAAACCCAUGGCAUCGAAAUUGUUAGAACACUAUGUAUCAGACAGAUCUCCGGUAAAAACUGUUGGACAAUUGCUAAGCGACCCCGUUCAGAAGAUAUGUAUACCAAUUGCUAACAGUGUUGUUCAAGAUCAUUUAAAAAAACCCGCCCUUUGGUACAGAUUGGAAUUGAAAAGAAAAGAAGAAACAGAAAAGUUAGUGAGAAGUUCUAAAGUCACGUACGUUUUCUCUCAAAUGCCAGUGUUCCCCCCACAAGUAUGGCAGAAUUUAGAACCGCCAACAGAAGAAUUAGCAGAAGUAACAACGAUAGAAGAAUUAAAAUAUAACUGCACUAAAUAUAUUAAUUUAAGUAAUAAAUUAACAAGAAAAUUA